GCCGGGGACAGAGUCAGGGGGAGGGAGCGGCUGCUGUGUGAGUACACCCCCGGGGGAGGGGGACUGUGAGUGUGUCCGCCCGGGGGGGGUGGGGAUGGAGUGUGUCCUCAAUGCCCAGACCCUGAUCACCAUCUCCCUGCGGAAGAUCCACAGCUCCCGGAGCCAGAGAGGGGGCAUCCGGCUGCACAAGAACCUGCUGGUCUCCUAUGUCCUGCGGAACGCCCGGCAACUCUACCUGAGCGAGCGGGCGGCCGGGCCCGGGCCUGGGGCUGGAGCUGGGCCCGGGGGGGGAGGCGGCGCCCGCUGCCCCGCUCCCCUACACCGACCCCCUGAGCCGCCGUUCGCCCAGCGCCUGGCCCCCGGAGGCGGCGUGCAGCAGCAGCCCGUGCCGGUACCGGAGCCCGAGGCUCCCGGGCACUGCCGCCAGACCACCGUGCUGGACCUGGACACCCAGACCCUAGUGACCACCGUCCGCAAGGGCCCGGCGCCGGACUCCGCUGCCGCCGCUUGCUGCUGCUGCUGCCCGGCAGCGCGGAAACGCAAGCCCGAGGCCGCGGGCCUGGAGCUGUCUCCGGCGAAGAGGCUGCGGCUGGACGAGCCGUGGGGGAGCCCGGCCUGGGAGUGCACCGAGCCCGCCAACAUCUCCAACCUCAUCUCCAUCUUCGGCUCCGGCUUCUCGGGGCUGCUGAGCCGCCAGGACCCGGAGCAGCAGCUGCAGCCGCCGCCGCCUCUUCUCCCUCCUCCUCCUGCAGCCCACGCCGAGCUCAAGCAGAACGGACAGUGGUGCAGCCAGCAGGCGCUGGCCGGACUCGGGGCAUGGACACGGGCGAUCGUGGCGUUCUGAGCACCCCCCCAGCGGAUCCGGAUCCGGCUCCAGCUCCAGCUCCCUGCCGCACUCCCAGAGACUCGGACACAGUGUGUGUGACUAUCGGGGAGAGACACAAGGGAACUGAGGGUGGGGGGAGUCUGU